AUGUCUUCUGAAAAGUUUUUGAAUCCAGUUGAAACAAAAAUUUUACCCAUUAUUGGAAAUUUCCCUAAAGAAAAGGAGGAAAAUCAAUUUCUGACUAAAGUAAUUGUUUUAAAUAAUCAACAGUAUCUUGAUUCUACUCUUAAUUAUUUGGAAAAAGGAUGGACUCUUGAAUUUCACAUUGGAUCUUCAUUGUUUGGAAAAGAAAUUAAAUUAUUUACCAAUUAUCCAAAACCAGACACAGACUUUAAUAGGAAUAAUUAUCAAGAAUUAGAAUGGGGCAAAAGUCAUAAAAAUGAAUGCAAAAAUGACUUUUCUAGAGAAAAUGCUUUAACAUCUUCUCUCUUUUUAUCCAGAGCAGGAUCCUUUCAUUAUUAUUUUAACGACAGUUUGAGAAAUGAAACUAUAGGAUCUGGAUAUUUCAUAGUUAAUCCAAUAUUGGCAUUUUCAAAUAAUGAUAUUUUACCUCUCAAUUCGAUUGCAGUUCAAACGGUUUUGGCAAAAUCUCUUGGAAAAUUUGAAAAUUGGAAAAAUGUUCUUAAAGUCAGUAAGGAAAGUGGAUACAACAUGGUACAUUUUACACCAAUUCAGGAACUUGGAGGCUCCAAUUCGUCAUAUUGCAUAAAAGAUCAAUUAAAUUUAAAUCCUGCAUUCAAUAGUGAUAACUGCUGUCCAAAUUAUGAAGAUGUCAUGAAAUUAACAUCUGAAAUGAGAAAAGAAUGGAGGAUUCUCUCUAUUAGUGAUGUAGUACUCAAUCAUACAGCAAAUGAAACUCCUUGGUUACAAGUUCAUCCAGAAUGUACCUACAAUGCAAUUACAGCACCAUAUUUAAUUCCUGCAGCUAUUUUAGAUGGUCAUCUUCAUGUUUUGACAAAAGAAAUUUCCUCUGGUAAACAUGAAGAGAUUGGAAUCCCUUCAGAAAUUUAUACUCAUGAUCACUUGGAGGCUGUGAAAAAUUAUUUAACAAAAAAUUUAAUACCACAACUUCGUCUACAUGAAUUUUAUACCGCCGAUGUGACAAAAUUGUCAGAUGAAUUUUUAGAAAAAGCAAAGGCUCAAAUACCUACGUUAGAAACCUGUAGCAGAACCGAAUUAAAAUUAAUAAACAAUUUUAAUGGAAGGAAUAAAGCAACAGUUAAUUUAGAUCUUGCUCUUAAAAUUUUUAAUAUAAUUAGAAAUGAUACUACUGACGAAGAAACAAGAUUAGCCGAAAACGUUAAUGAUUUUAAAAAGAGAAUACUCGAUUUAAAUUCCGAAAUAAAAAAUGAAAUAGGAAUUCAUUUAUCAUCUGCUAUAGAAAAUUGCAUUGCCAAUAUGAGAUAUUUUAGAAUUCAGGAAGAUGGUCCAAAAAUAAAAUCAGUAUCUGAAGAAAAUCCACUUGUGCCCAGAUAUUUUACUGGUAAAUUUGAAAAUUAUGAUUCUGUAGAAAAUGAAGUUUUAAAAAAUGGACAAUAUGUUAUGGCACAUAAUGGAUGGGUCAUGAAUUCAGAUCCUCUUAAAAAUUUUGCCGAGUCUGAUUCGAAUGUUUAUUUAAGAAGGGAGUUGAUUGCUUGGGGAGACAGCGUUAAAUUAAGAUAUGGAAAAUCUUAUCAAGAUUGUCCUUUUUUAUGGAAUCACAUGGAAAAAUAUGUGGAAAAAACUGCGGAAAUAUUUGAUGGAAUUCGACUCGAUAAUUGUCAUUCUACGCCUCUUCAUGUAGCUGAAUAUCUUUUAGACUGUGCUAGGAAAAUAAAUCCGGAUUUAUAUGUGGUUGCCGAACUAUUUACAAAUUCAGACGUGACUGAUAAUAUUUUUGCUAACAGAUUGGGUAUUACCUCAAUGAUAAGAGAGUCAUUAAAUGCUUAUGACAGUUUCGAAUUGGGAAGACUGAUUCACAGGUUCGGUGGAAAACCCGUCGGUAGUUUUCACGAAAGGAAAAAAAGUACUUUGCUCCCCAGCGUUUCUCAUGCUCUAUUUUAUGAUGUAACUCACGAUAAUCCAAGUCUCAUUAGCAAAAGAUCAGUUUUUGAUUCUUUAUCAACUUCUGCAUUAGUUUCUAUGGCUUGUUGUGGAAUCGGUAGCACAAGAGGUUUCGAUGAAUUGGUACCACAUCACAUUAAUGUCGUUAGUGAAAAAAGAUUAUAUCCUUCUUGGUCGGAUGAUUCCGCUACAAAUACCUCCUCGGUUAAUUUAAGCACGGGAUUUAUUUCCGUUAGAAAAGCUCUUAAUAAAAUUCACGGAGAGUUAAGUGAAAAUGGGUUUGAUCAGGUGUUUGUCGAUCAAAUGAACGAUGAUGUGAUUGCCGUAACGAGACACAAUCCGAUCACACACGAAAGUAUAAUUUUGGUGUCUUACACUGCAUUUCAUCACGAUAAUCCAACGAGGGCAGUUAAAAAUUUAAAAAUAGAAGGAGAAUUAAUUGAAAUUAUUUUAGAAGCCAAAAUCUUACGUGAAGAUGAUGAUUCUGCGACAGAAUUUAAACCGAAUGAUGAAUAUAUUAACGGUUUGUCAAACUACCACGUGCUUAUGGAUCAAAAUUUAAAAAUACCUGAAAGUAAAAUGAUAAAAUUAGUUGAAAACGAUUUUAAAAUUUGUGAAAUCGAAUUUGAAAAUUACGUACCUGGUUCCAUUAUUGUUUUCCGCGUUUCACCCCGUGAAGACAUUCGUCCCCUUUUACAAGGGCUCGAUGAAAAAAUAAAAUCAUUUAUUAAUUUUGAAUUCGAUUCGGAAAUAUUUUCUGCCGUAUCGAAAUUAAAUUUAAUUGAUUUGAAUCACGCUUUGUAUAGAUGCACAGAAGAAGAUUUAGAAGAUGGUACGGGUUCGUAUUUCAUACCUGGAUAUGGUCAACUUGUUUAUUGCGGACUUCAAGGUUUUGAAUCCGUUCUUCGAGAAGUUGUUAUGAAAAAUGAUUUGGGUCAUCCAUUAUGUAAUAAUUUAAGACAGGGCGAUUGGAUGUUGGAUUACGUUAUUGGACGUUUGAAGACUUGCAAAGCUACCGUGGAAUUAGCUCUCAUUUUAGAAAAAAUAUUCGAAAAUGUACGUCAGAUUCCAAAAUAUUUAGUACCCAGUUAUUUCGAAUUAAUAGUGACGUCAAUUUGCUAUUUGCUCAAGUCGAGAGCUGCGUAUCAAAUGAGCGAAUUUGUUAAAAACGGUUCGACUUUUAUACGUUUUCUUGCAUUGGGUUCUGUUCAGUGCGUCGGCGUCGUUGAUUCUUCUUCUUUACCGCCAUUUUCUGCAAACAUGGUCGCGUCCGAUGACGGAAAGAGAAAAAUAACGAUGAGUGCUGGUUUACCUCAUUUUUCAACCGGAUAUAUGAGGUCGUGGGGGCGAGAUACAUUUAUAUCUUUAAGAGGAUUAUUGUUAUUAACUGGAAGAUUCGAAGAUGCAAAGUAUCAUAUUCUCGGAUACGCCUCGUGCCUUCGUCACGGUCUUAUACCAAACCUUUUGGAUCAAGGAGUGAACGCUAGGUAUAAUUGUAGAGAUGCCGUUUGGUGGUGGUUGCAUUCUAUCAUUUCGUACAUUGAUUUGGUACCUGACGGACACGAGAUUUUGAAAGAAAUGGUAUCGAGAAUUUUUCCAAACGAUGACAGUCCACCUUUGGGUCCUGGACUCGUGAAUCAGCCAUUGUUUGAUAUAAUGCAAGAAGCUCUCAACGUGCAUUUUAAAAAAUUAUCCUUCAGAGAAAGAAAUGCAGGGCCAGGUAUCGACGCUCACAUGACCGACGAAGGUUUUAAUAAUGAAAUCGGGAUUGAUACGAACACGGGUUUCGUGUACGGUGGAAAUGAAUUUAAUUGCGGUACUUGGAUGGAUAAAAUGGGUUCGGAUUCGAAAACGGGAAACAGGGGAAAACCCGCAACGCCGCGAAAUGGUUCCGCCGUAGAAUUGGUAGGAUUGUGUAAGGCUGUCGUCACUCGAUUGCACUCGUUAAACGAAAAAGGAAUUUAUCCCUAUUCGGGAGUCGAAAAACUUAACGGAAAAGGUGAAGUAGAGAAAUGGUCGUUCAAAGAUUGGGAAAGGAAAAUUUUGGAAAAUUUUGAAAAAAUGUUUUGGAUACCUGAAAAAAUUUCACAGACGGAAACGAAACCGGAAUUAAUUCAUCGAAGGCAAAUUUAUAAGGAUAGCGUUGGAGCAUCGCCACCCUGGUCAGAUUAUCAGUUGAGACCUAAUUUUCUCAUUGCUUUGACAGUGGCACCUGAAAUGGUCGAUCCGAAAAAUGCUUGGGCCGCCAUUAAAAAAGUUGAAAAUAUUCUUCUAGGUCCUCUAGGUAUAAAAACAUUAGAUCCGGCGGAUUGGAAUUAUAACGGAUUUUACAACAACGACGAUCAUUCGGAUAAUAUAAAAACAGCUCAAGGUUUUAAUUAUCAUCAAGGACCGGAAUGGUUGUGGCCGGUCGGGUAUUUUUUAAGAGCUAAAAUUUAUUUUUCUCGACAGUUUGGCAGGGAAGAAUGUUUGAAAUCGAUUUCCGAAGUCAAGACGUAUUUGGGAAAUCAUUAUCAGGAAAUAUGCGAAUCUCAUUGGCGAGGACUUCCGGAAUUAACAAACGCAGAUGGACAAUAUUGUCAAAAUAGUUGCAGGGUACAAGCGUGGAGCAUGGCUUGCAUUUUAGAAGUAUUACACGAUAUAUACCUGAUCGAAAAGGAAUAUGAAAAAAAAUAA